AUGUCUUCAUCGUUGCCGGUCAGAGAGUGGCUCAUACAAGUACCAAUCGAGCCUGGAACCCUUGAGAAACGUCUUGCCCUUCGACAACAACAUAUCGAAGAGGCAAUGCCCAAUAUAAAAGAGGGCAUCAUCACCUUUGCCGGCGGUAUCCUAUCUAAGCCAACCGUUGAUGGCGACAACAAGGACAUGACUGUGACGAUGUUCACGGUGAUUACAGAAACGGAGGAUGAGGCGCGAAAGAUUCUGGAAGAGGAUAUUUACACCAGAGCAGGAAUAUGGGACAGCAAGAAAGCACAGAUCUUUCCUUGGAAGACGGGUAUCAGAAUUCCUAAAUAG